AUGGCAAAUGAACCUGUUAUCCUUAAUGUGUAUGACAUGUACUGGAUAAAUGAAUACACCUCCACUCUGGGUAUUGGAGUCUUCCACUCAGGAAUAGAGGUCUACAGCAGAGAAUUUGCAUAUGGGGGCCAUCCGUACCCGUUCAGUGGCAUUUUUGAGAUCGAUCCUGGAAAUGCCUCAGAACUGGGGGAGACUUUCAAAUUAGAAGAAGCUAAAGCUCUGGUUACGACAGACUUUGCAGAGGAGGACGUUGAUAAAAUAAUGGAGGAGCUGGGCAUGGAGUUCAAGGGGAAUGCCUACCACCUCAUGCACAAAAACUGCAACCAUUUUUCCUCCUCGCUUUCUGAGUUGCUGUGUGGUAGAGAGAUCCCGCGCUGGGUGAAUAGGUUGGCAUAUCUCAGUUCCUGUAUUCCAUUCCUCCAGAGUUGUCUGCCUAAAGAGUGGCUCAUGCCUGCUGCACUCCAGAGUCACAUCAGCAUGGGCCUUCGCAAGGAGAACACACACUCUCACACACACGAGUCCAGUGACAAUGAGCCCUCGUCUGCCACAGGUGCAGCUGCGGGACAGCCUGGAACAUCACAUAGCUGCAGACACACACGCGUGUAAUUUUACAUACAUAUUUACACAUACAUUGUUACACUAAUAUGAUGACAACUACACUCCAACCUCUGAUUCUGCUGCUAUAGCGCCUCCUGCUGGACUGAAUAAGCACCUCUCUUACAGGGGUCAAAAUCAUGUUUUUUAGUAGAGCCACCAGGGAUUAAAAAAAAAAAACCUUGUUAUAGUACACUUAAAG